AAGCGCGCGCAACUUGAUUCAGGAAGUACGUAUUUUGUUGAGUUUACGAGCUAGCGAGAAAAGUCUUCACAAAUUAUAAAACGCUUAAGUGUCUUGGGUAACAAGAAACAGAGUUCAACUGAACAUGUCCGCUGCUUCCGACUCCACGUAUAUAUCGUCACUCGGCAAGGGGGACAGCUUGCAUCAUCAAGUUGUUGCCUCCCUGCCUCUGUGUGACAUUACAGAGGAGGAUCUGACUCAGAACCCCCAGUUGUGUAAACUUCUGGCCACCCUGUCCCAACAUGUGGACCCACAUGGACUCACGGUCCCACUAAAAACAGAGCUGGAAAAGGCUGAGCAGAAGCUGCAGAGCCAGAGGCGUCACUGGCUGCGCUCCGAGAGCCUCCACAAAGCGCUGCAGGAGAUGAUCCAGGACCACUGUAUCAGGAAGCACCAUGGCACUGUGCCCCCCGACCAGAGCAUGUUUUUUGAUACAAUGGAGAAGUGUCUGUUGGUGGCGGAGUGUGUCAGACAGCUGGAUCCCAGCAGCACUACCGACCAGGACCAGCCCUCCGUUCUGGGUCUGAACCCUGAACAGAUUCUGGAGCUCAUGCCAUCAGAGAAAAAUGUUCAAAGAAUGAAACAGAGUCUUCCCAGAGAGUUGGAGAAACAUCUGAAGAAAAAGUGUCUGAGCCUCCUUUCUUACUAUCAACCUGAAUGGGGUGCAGUAACUACGCAGUAUCUGCUAAAAAAUGAGAGUGAAGGUCUGAAGAACAGCAAGUUGUCUCAUCUGUCAGCCCAACUUGUCAAUGAAAAGAAAAGAGCAGAGAGUCUGAAGGAGACGUCCCGUGAGAACUCAGUCCUCCUGCAAAGACAGACUCAUCUCUACCUCUCUGAACUGAUUAAGUGCAUUCAGCUUCUGCAGUCCCUCAUCUUGGACCACAGGUUAAGGAUCCAGACAGAUCUGGACCGAAAAAAGUUGGACUAUUUUGAGGGAAAAUGUGAAUUAGUCUUACAGAAGAUCAGGACUGAAAUGGCGGAAAUUCAGCUGGACACGUACACAGUGGACUCAAUAUCUGCUCACAGAAAAAUCAGAGGGACGUUGGAGUCUGAGCUGAAGGCCUGUCAGGUGGAGAAGCAGUCUGUUGAGAUGAAACUGGCCUCCUUUGAGAUCCUGGGAAAAGAGUUUGAGGCCCUGGCCAAGGAGUACUCCAGAUUGCGGCAGGAGAUAGAAAUGAAUAACUGGGCUCUGAACGAGUUCAGCCAGUACACGGACAAGUGAGGAUCCUGCCUGAGGCCAGGACAACAGCCAGCCCCUACCUUGGCAUAUUGGGCCAUUGCUCACAUUGACAUGCUGGCUUUUGGACACUUGACACACAAACACUUGGACUUUUGAA